UCAUGGCGUGCCACCGACCGGCCGUCGCCACGAUCGUCACUCAUUAACAGUCGAAAUGAAGAUGGCCGCCGAGGUGAGGUGGCUUUUCGUUUUCCUCGUGUCCUGCGGUGUGUCGUUGUGCCGCGGCGAGGCACCGCAUCGGAAAUUCGAGUACAAAUACUCCUUCAAACCACCGUAUCUCGCGCAGAAGGACGGCAGCGUACCAUUCUGGGAAUACGGCGGAAAUGCCAUUGCUAGUGCAGAAAAUGUCAGAGUAGCACCGUCGCUCAGAAGCCAAAAAGGUGCAAUAUGGGUAAAACAACCCACAAUUUUUGACUGGUGGGAGGUAGAAUUAGUAUUCCGAAUAAGCGGACGUGGAAGGAUAGGAGCGGAUGGUUUGGCAUUCUGGUACACAAGUGAUAAGGGAUUCUACAAUGGCUCCGUUUUCGGCAGCUCAGAUCUUUGGACGGGUUUGGGAAUUUUUUUUGACUCGUUCGAUAAUGACAAUAAGCAUAAUAAUCCAUACAUCAUGGCGAUAGUCAAUGACGGCACAAAGGCCUUCGAUCACAUAAAUGACGGCUCUACGCAACAAUUAUCAGGCUGUUUGCGAGAUUUCCGCAAUAAACCAUUUGCCACACGAGCGCGGAUAGAGUAUUAUAUGAAUUCGUUAACUCUGUUAUUCCAUAAUGGUAUGACGAAUAAUGAUCAAGAUUAUGAUAUAUGUUUCCGAGCUGACAACGUUAUGUUACCGAAAAAUGGAUAUUUUGGAAUUUCUGCCGCUACUGGUGGCCUGGCUGAUGACCACGACAUCUUAUAUUUUCUUACUACCUCUCUGCAUCCUCCCGGACAGCUUCCAGUGGACGGGAAUAAAGUUUCUAUAGAAGAACAAGCCAAACUCCAACAGGAAUACUUAGACUACCAAAAGAAAUUAGAUGAACAAAAAGAGGAAUACCAGAAGGAACAUCCAGAAAGUCAAAAGAUGGAAUUUGAUGAGUACUUUGAAACGGAGAAUCAAAGAGAAUUACGACAGAUAUUUCAUGGACAAAGCCAGAUGUUUGAAGUUUUACGCGAUCUUCAUAGAAAAUUAGAUGAGAUUGUUGGAAGACAAGAGAGAGUUUUGGGUUUAGUAUCUCAAAUUGGACAAGGAGGGCUCGGCACGAAAUGCACAUUUCGGCUGAUUUUCGAGAUGGCUCCGCCUCCCGCUAUUCCCCUCACUGCACCGCCCCACGCGCAAUCCAAAUGCCACUCGACGCUUAGGAAUGUACUCGUAGACGCUCGUAGAC